UCGGAGACCGUGUGAAAUUGCAACGAUAUCACAUGACUUAAGGGUAGCAGCAACACACGGGGGUCGUGUAGGCGAUGUGGGAAUGACUAUGGUACUGCGUCGUCAGCCUGUUAGAGAAGUUAACCAGCGCCAUCCUUCAUGCAAGCAGUCGUCCGAGGUCGACGUGGUUGCAAUGGCAGUGAGUGGCGCGUGGGAUGGUUACGCCGCGUAGGUCCUCUAAUUCUUCUUGGUUCUAUUGCGCAUGGCCUUCUUCCGCUUCUUGUGCUUGUGCUUGUUCAUCUUCUUUCGUCGCUUUCGCAGGACCGAGUCCGCAUGCAUCUCGUUGUCGGUGGAGGUCAAGCCGUCAAUGAUCAAUUCAGGCACCGUGGGGUAGCCAAACAUGGGGAACGGUUCUGGGAGACUCGACAGCAUGCCGGUCGUGUCAAACACCGAUGGCGAGGCUUUGUCGAGCACAGGGAACGAGCCGACAUUCCACAGAUCUACCGGGACACUAGCAUGCGGCGUCACGGAGAGGAAUCGGGCGUGGAUGGAGAACGGAGACGUCUUCGCGACACGUCCGCUGAGUGAGCGUGUCAGGACCCGCACAACACUCAUGCCUCGUCGAAUGCUCAAACCACAC